AUGGCCUGGCUGCUGUGCUUCACCUGUGUCCUCCUGUCUGUCCCCGAGCUGCUGCAGGGCAAAGCUUCAGAGUACCAGCUGGAGACGGGGACCUUGAGCCAGUGUGAGACGCUGAGGGCCGCGGCCGUUGCCCGGCAACAAGAUGACGUCCCUCAGUGCACGGAGGGGGGGGGGUUCAGAGCUGUGCAGUGCAGGGGGCGGGGUCAGGAGUGUUGGUGUGUGGACGCAGAAGGUCAAGAGGUCGUCGGGACUCGAACCAACAGCUCUGCUCCUCACUGUCCGUCUCCCUGCCAGCUGCAGUCAGUCCUGCGCUGCUCCCCCUCCGGCCUCUUUGAGUCAGUGCAGUGUGACUCCAGCAGGGGGCAGUGUUGGUGCGUGGACCAGGACGGGAUGGAGCUGUACGGGACCCGACAGAACGGGACCCCUGAUCUCUGUCCUGGCAGCUGUGAGGUGAGGGGGCGUCGCCUCCUCCACGGCUCGUCUUCUUCUCCUCCUCAGUGCGCGGCCGACGGCAGCUUCCUUCCGGUUCAGUGCAAGUUCAUCAACAUGACGGACAGGACAGAACUGGACCUGCUGCACAACUUCAACAGGUUCCCAGAAGCCUUCGAGACCUUCAGCGGUUUCAGGAAGUUCUUCCCGAUGGUUUCCUCGUACUGUUUCUGCUCGGACAGCCGAGGUCGAGAGCUGGAGGACACAGGUGUGGAGCUCCUCCUGUCUGACGUGUACGACUCAGCGUUCUCCGGACUCCGGUCCGGUCGCUCCUUGUCUCAGAGCAACAUCUACAGAGUCCUGCAGAGGAGGAUGCUGGGAGUCCGCCUCGCCCUCACCGGACACUUCAGAUGUCCCUCGGCCUGUGAGGAGGAGCGGCGGGCGGCGGUGUCCAAUCAUUACGUCCCGUCCUGUGACGACACAGGAGCGUUCACUUCCAGACAGUGCCAGCAGGGGGGGCAGUGCUGGUGCGUGGAGCCCACAGGCAGAGAGCAUCCUGGGAGUCGACAGUUUGGAGACUCUCUGAUCUGUGAUUCAGGUGUUGACUGUCUCUCUCAGCGUCGUCUCGCUCUGUCUCGUCUCUUUUCUGGACCCGUUGAUCCUCCUCCUCCUGACGCCUCGUCGGACAGAUCUCCAGCUUCCUGUCUCCAGCUCCUUCGGCCUCUCCUUGACAUCCUGCCGGUGGAGGCGGAUCCGACCUUCUUCCUGUCCCGCCUGGUUGAAGUCCUCCAGGGUCUCUUCCCAUCUGUGGGGGGAGCUCUGCAGGCUCUGGCUCGGGCCUCCCCUCGGCGCCUCCAGGAGAACCUGUUCGGGGGGAAGUUUCUGAAGAAUGCUGCGACCUUUAACCUCAGCGGAGCGGUGGGAGCUCGAGGACCUCUCGGCCUGGAGCUGCUCUCCUCUAACGGCGUCGCCAUCGGCCUCCAGAGGAACCGGGACCUGGUCCAGUCUGUGAGCAGAGCGCUGGAGGACCCCGCCUUCCUCGCCUCCCUCCAACACACACUCACAGGAAGCAGCAGCACCUCCUCCCUGCAGCAGGUUCUGGCUCCUCUGCUCCAUCACUGCUCUGCUGACGAUGCAGCGGCUGUAUUUGUUCCCACCUGCACAUCCAGCGGCGGAUUCCAGGAGGUUCAGUGUCAGGGUGGAGACUGCUGGUGUGUCGACCCUCAGGGUCAGGAGGUCACAGGGUCGCGGACCUCCGGUCGACGGCCUCGCUGUCCGACCCGCUGUGAGAGAGAGAGAGCCACGGCGCUGAAGGUGAAAGGAAAGAUGUCGGCCGGAGCAGAAAUCUACAUCCCAGCAUGCUCGGAGGAGGGAGACUUCCUUCCACUGCAGUGUGUUGGGUCGCGCUGCUUCUGUGUGGACACUGAGGGGAAAACCAUAACUGCUGGGCCAACAGGGGGCGCUGUCAACUGUCCACAGAGACCAACACAGACGCUCCCGUCCUUCACAGGUCGCUGCUCUCUGGCGUUGGCCGAGGUCUCAGCGUUCAGAGAGCGGGUGAAGAGCGUCGUCGCUCUCUCUCAGUCCUCACACAUCCCUCUGGGGUACGGAUUCCUAUUGGCCGAAGGUCUGCGUCUGACCCCUGACGAGCUUCAAAUCAACCAAUCACAGGAGGAGAAGCAGAUUUCUGAGCAGAUGCUGAGUCAGUCCUACGCGGCUCUGCGAUUGGCUGCCUCCUCCACUGUCCAGAUGUUCCUGCGUCCUCAGCGUCGCUCCUACCAGCCGUUCACACCUCAGUGUGAUGCUGCCGGACACUGGAGGGACACACAGUGUUACCACAGCACAGGUCAGUGUUGGUGUGUUGAUGAAGAUGGAGAGUACGUCUCCAACUCGCUGAGCAGCCGCUCACUGCUCCUGCCCAGAUGUCUGACUCGCUGUCAAAGAGCUCAGGCUCACACUCUGCUCUCUGGUUGGAUGAAACGCUCUGAUGUCACGACAUGUGAAGAGGAUGGUAGUUACUCUGUGCUACAGACAGGAGGCGCUGCAGGCUGGUGUGUGAAUCCUCUGACUGGAGAGACGAUACAGAUGGCAACACAAAACGUCACAGGACAGCUAACAUGUCCCAGCUGGUGUGAACUGCAGAGUCGUGAGUGUCGACCUGACGGAUCCUUCGUCCCACUGCAGUGUGAUGUCACUUCCUGUUGGUGUGUCUCUGAUGAUGGACAGGAAGUAGAUGGGACCAGGGCGCUUCGACAGACAGGACAGACGCCAAAUUGUGAUCGUCCUCUCUGUCCCGAACCUGUUGUUACCCAUGGUGCACUGCUCUGCCGCUCGGCGGCUGAAGGUCAACAGAGCUGUGAGCUCAUCUGUGACCAUGGUUACCACAACACACUACCUGUCAGCAGCUUCCUGUGUGAGACCGAGACUCAGCGAUGGGGCGGAGACAGGAAACCGCUGAGUGGAGCCUGUCAGAUCUCUCAGCCUCUCCAGUUGGUGUCGUACUCUCAACACUGGUCUUUGACGUCCUCCUGCUCUCAGAUCAGUAGUUUACAGUCUCUGCUGUUCAGCUCCAUGACCAGCAGGGGGCUGUGCACCUCACAGCUCCCGGUGUCGGGCCGCACAGUGUUGCUGUGUGAUGAGUCGUCGGUGCGUCUGCAGUGUGACGGUGACGCCUCAGUGAACCUGAGGGUCACAUGGUCUGUCAGCCUGACUGACCUCCCGGUGUCUGACCUCCCUGACCUCCACGACAUCGGUGUGUUCUUGGACGAGUCCAGACUUCUGGACGGAGUUCGAGGACUUCUGGGUAAUAUCCAGUCCACGCUAGUUUCCAUGACAACACCGACCUUCAGCUGUUCCCGUGGUUACAUCUUGGCCAGCGAUGGCGAUGGUUGCAUCGUUUGUCCUGCUGGGAGUUUCUCCAUGGAGGGGGCGUGUCUUCUGUGUGCACAGGGAACCUAUCAGGAAGAAAAGGGGCGGGACCUCUGCAACAAGUGUCCCAGAGGUUCCUCACCUGCUGGAGCAUCAUCUGUCAAUCAAUGUGUCACCGAGUGUCAGAGACGGGGUUUGCGGUGCUCAGAGCGAGGAGACUUCCUGUCGGCCCAGCCUGACUUCCUGUCCGGCAUGUGGAGGUGUUUCAGCGGCGAGGGGGCGGAGCUUGAAUGGACCAACAGUGACAAAGCUCUCACUGAUGAGGAGUGUUCAGUUCUCAGCAGGUUUCAGGCUGUUCCUGGAUCAGAUCUUAUUGUCGGAGCUGAAGACGCUGAAGUCUUGCAGACGAUGACCUCUGACCUCAAAGCCUGUGUCCAAGCGUGUGCAGCUAACCCAUCCUGCCACCAUGUGGCGCUGUUCAACAGACAGACUCAGUGUGAACUGUACAGCACACACACACUGAACACACACUGCAACAACUCUCAACAGACCACUGGGUUUCUGGGUAAUCCUGAGGCUGAGCUCUUUGAUUGGCUCAGCUGUUCAGUGCGAGUGAGGGGCGGAGCUUCUGAUCUGAUGGUCAUCAGGAAGAAAGGUACUGAGUUUUCCUCGCGGCAGCAGCAGCAGACCUUUGUGAGGAUGAGGAUGACGAAGGUGGUCUCGGGGGUGUUCAGGACUCAGGUGUUCUCCGGUCCCACGUCCCUGUCUGACGCUCACCGGUUCUGUCAGGACGGAUGCAGCCGGGACAGCUGCUGCGACGGGUUCGUCCUGAACCAGAACCGCCUGAACGGAGGUUCUCUGCUCUGUGGGUGGCUGAGAGCUCCGUCAGUCUUGAUGUGUAUGGACAAGGACUGGGAUGUGAUUGGACAGGGAGCAGCCAGUCGUAUCUGUGGGGCGGGGCUAACCUACAACGAGCAGCAGAGGAACUUCCUGUUCGAUUUCGGAGGAGACAAUUUCAUCAUUACUGACGCUGCUCUGCCGGCUGACAGUAAGAACAAGGACUACCAGGCGUCCCUCAUCACCUUCCAGUCGGUCUACCUAAACACUGUCCCAGCUUCUUCUUCUUCUUCUUCUUCUUCUUCUUCUUCUUCUUCUUCUUCCUGUGCGGCAGCGGAACUCAGUCGUUCUCUGGACGGCUCGGUGCAGCAGAAGUUUGACGCUCUGUCAGAUGACGACGUCCUUGUGGAUCCUCAGAGGAAUCUCUCCACUCUGUCAUUCUGGCUCAACAAGAAGAACUACAACUCCCAGCAGGCACUGCUGUGGUGUCUCACACGCUGCGACGCCGAGCUGCACUGCUCCAUCGCCGACGUCAGAGAUGUUGACUCAGCAAGUUUCUUCAGCUGCUCGUUGUUUCCGAACACUCGAGUCUGUGGAGCGUACGACAAACCGCUGAGAGGACAGUGCCGCCCCCUGCUGGACAGAACACCUAACACCACCUACAUUAAGAAGGUGGACCUGUCAGGACCAGUGAAGAGUUUCUACGAGAGAGUGACCUUCCAGAAGAUGGUUUCAUACUCGGUCCGCAGCCGAGUUAGUCUGAGCGCCAACACGCCGCUGUCUAAAGGGUUCAUGGAGUGUGAGCGGCGUUGUGAUGAGGAUCCUUGUUGCCGUGGAAUUGGUUUUGUCAGAGACACCAAAUCUCCAGGCGGUGCAGACAUUGUGUGUCUGUCUCUGAUCAGCCUCGGGGUUCAGACCUGUGGUGAAGAUCACAUGACCUCCUGGCGAACUCAGGACUGUCGAGCCUCAGACGUGAAGACAUCGCCUGAUCCUUUCGGCUGGUACCUCAAACCAGCGAAUCAGUGGACUUCAUCUCCUGCUCUGUGUCCGACCUUCAGCCUGAGUCCACGCAACGUGUCUGAGGACGAGUGGCGUCUCCUCUCUGACUCGUCCGUCCUGGUCGACCCGUCUCUCUCCACGUAUGAUGUCAUCCACAUCAGCCGUGACAUCACCACUGACCGGAACAAGACCAGGGACUGGUGUCUCCAUGCCUGCCAGGAGGCGGAGUCUUGUGUUGCCGUGUCACUCAGAGAGGAGGAGUCUGCCUCUCGCUGCGUCCUUUACCCCGACACCACAGCUUGUGGGCUAAGCUCCGCCCCCGGCUCCUCCCGACACGCCACCUCCUGCAGGCUGGUCAUCAGAGAGCCCGCCCCCCAGGUGUUCCUGAGGACAGUGCGGUCCUCCACGGUUACCACGGUUACCACCGUCUCCGUCCCUGGGCACGGGGUCCUGCAGGGCGUCGCCGUGGAAACAUCCGUCGGCUCCGACCAGAGGACGGUCGUUCAGUUUCUGGGAGUCCCCUACGCCCGUCCACCAAUAGGAUCGCUCCGCUUUGAAGAGGCUCAACUGCCUGAUUGGACAGGAACCUGGGACGCCACCAAAGCACGUCUCAGUUGUGUCCAGCCCGGUGAUGCAGCGGCGUCCUCCAGUGAGGACUGUCUCUAUCUCAACGUCUUCUCACCAGCUGCUCAGAGGGGGCGUGUCCCAGUCCUGGUCUUCUUCUUCAACCCUUCAGCCAAUCUGAAGCCAGGGCUGCUGGAUGGCUCCGCCCUCGCUGCUGUGGGUAACAUCGUCGUAGUAACAGCUAGUUACCGGACCGACGCUCUGGGUUUCCUGAGACUCAGUGAAUCUGGUCUCCAUGGUAACUACGGGCUGUCAGACCAGGAGGCGGUGCUUCGCUGGGUCUCCGCCCACAUCUCCCUGGUGGGCGGAGACAACAGUAGAGUGACAGUGGCGGCAGAGCGUCGUGGUGCUGACAUCACCAGCCUUCACCUCCGCUCCUCCUCCUCCUCCUCCUCCUCCUCCUCCUCCUCCUCCUCCUCCUCGUCUCCAGCUCUGUUCCAGCGAAUGAUCCUGAUGGGUGGUUCUGUCUUUUCUCCGUCACUGCUUCAGACUCCAUCUUCCUCCAGACGCCAGGCGCUCGAUUUGGCCAAAGAGCUUGGCUGUGUGACCUCUGACCUCGCCACCUGCCUUAGAGCGACGCCCACUCACACACUCAACGCCGCUCAGACGAAGCUGCUGGCGCUCAGCGGUCCGUUCCGGUCCUGGUCCCCGGUCGACAGGUCGAGUCCUCGCUCGUCCCUCCUCAGGGUCGACCUCCUGCUGGGAACCUCGGAGCACGAUGGACUGAUCGGCCGCGCUCGCAGGAUCAAGGACUUCGAGGAGCUUCAGGGUCGAGCUGAUGGUAAAACUGUGUUUUAUGAGGCGCUGGCUCGUUCACUGGGCGGCGAGGCAGGAAACGAGCUGCUGAAGGAGGCGGCGUCCUGGUUCUACUCUCUGGAUCACAGCCCCUCCCCCUCCGGAUACAACCUGUUCUCCAGAGCACUCAACAACGCCACGCGAGAUCUGUUCAUCAUCUGUCCCGCUCUCCAGAUGGCGAGCCACUGGGCUAACAACCGAGCUAACGUCUUCCUGUAUCAUCAGCCCGCGUCCACAGCUCAGGACAGGGCCGAUGUGUUUGUUCCUCUGGAUGUUCAGCUUCUGUUCGGGACUCCUCAUCAUCCAAUCAGCUCUCAGCGUUUCACGUCCUCUGAUCGACGCCUCUCUUUGGCCACGAUGACCUACGUCUCCAGCUUCGUCAGGACAGGGAACCCAAACCCAUCCAGAGUGUGGGAGGAGUCAGCUCUGCCCCGCUGGCAGCCGGUCCGAUCCUCUGAAGCCCCACCCCUCUACCUGGAACUGAGCCCCGCCCUCCUCCAACAUCAGGGUCUGCGUCAGCAAUACUGCUCGUUCUGGAGCCACCUGGGGGCCAAAUUGAGAAGUGCAACAGGUGAGUCGGAGCCUGUCCAGCCUGAACUGACCCUCGAGGUGUCCACCUCAUCGAGCCAAUCACAGACUGAGAAAGAUUCCUACAGCUAAACCAACGAUGUCACAUGAUCAAGUCUCCAGCUUCUGUCUGAU